UCUAUUGGAAAACAUGAAUCAGAAGUAGGAAAUACUCUUGUUUGAAAGAAACAAGAGCAAUUUGGGGCCAAAAAACGUAUAUGCUAUGAUUAACUGGCCCUCUUUCUCCGAUCAUCUGUUUUCCCAUUGUGUGAAACUCCUUCAGCAUAGGGAUAAGGGAUAACGACUCUAUGGAUAUAAAGAAUUUUUCACCAUGGUAAAACUCGCUAACCCGCUGUACACUGAGUGGAUUUUGGAGGCAAUUAAAAAGGUCAAGAAGCAAAAACAGCGGCCAUCAGAAGAGAGGAUAUGCAAUGCUGUGUCUUCAUCCCAUGGUUUGGAUCGCAAAACUGUCCUGGAACAGUUGGAACUGAGUGUUAAAGAUGGGACUAUUUUAAAAGUUUCUAACAAAGGACUUAAUUCCUACAAGGAUCCAGAUAACCCUGGGCGAAUAGCACUUCCUAAACCACGGAACCAUGGAAAGUUGGAUGGUAAACCAAAUGUGGACUGGAAUAAACUGAUUAAGCGGGCAAUUGAGGGCUUGGCAGAUUCUUCUGGUUCAUCUUUGAAGAACAUUGAACGUUACCUGAAAGGGCAGAAGGACGUGUCAGCUUUGUUUGCCAGCAGUGCCCCUUCUACCUUUCACCAGCAGUUGCGGUUGGCCGUUAAGCGUGCCGUUGGCCAUGGCCGGCUCCUUAAAGAUGGACCUUUGUAUCAGCUCAACACGAAAGCAGCCACAAAUGCAGAUGGGAAAGAGAGUUGUGAAUCUCUUUCUUGUCUUCCUCCAGUUUCACUCCUUCCACACGAAAAAGAUAAGCCAGUUGCUGAACCAAUCCCAAUCUGCAGUUUCUGCCUUGGUACAAAAGAACAAAACCGGGAGAAGAAACCCGAGGAACUCAUCUCUUGUGCCGAUUGCGGCAAUAGCGGUCAUCCAUCCUGCUUGAAGUUCUCCCCAGAAUUAACCGUUCGGGUGAAGGCCUUACGAUGGCAGUGCAUUGAGUGCAAAACCUGCAGUUCCUGUCGAGACCAGGGCAAAAAUGCUGAUAAUAUGCUAUUUUGUGACUCAUGUGAUCGGGGCUUUCAUAUGGAGUGUUGUGAUCCCCCUUUGACCAGGAUGCCAAAAGGCAUGUGGAUAUGUCAGAUAUGUCGGCCACGUAAAAAAGGAAGAAAACUACUCCAAAAGAAGGCAGCACAGAUUAAGCGGCGUUAUGCCAACCCAAUAGGUCGCCCCAAAAACAGAUUAAAGAACCAAAAUGCAACAUCAAAAGCCCCCUUCAGCAAAGUUCAGACGGGACCUGGCCGAGGUCGCAAGCGUAAGACCCCCCUAUCCAGCCAGUCCACUUGCUCGUCAGAAGGGGGCUACUUGGAGCAAGUCGAUGGUCUGGAAUUCUGCGGAGAUGCGAGCAUCACCUUGAAAUUCAACAAGAAAACCAAAGGGCUUAUUGACGGCCUUACCAAAUUUUUCACCCCGUCCCCUGAUGGGCGUAAAGCGCGAGGAGAAGUAGUGGACUACUCUCAGCAAUAUAGGAUCAGGAGAAAGGACAAUAGGAAAUUAAGCACUUCAGAUUGGCCCACAGACAAUCAGGACGGCUGGGAUGGAAAACAGGAAAAUGAAGAGUGGCUUCUAGGAGGCCCAGAUGUCAUGGCAGAGAAAGAUAUGGAGUUGUUCAGAGACAUUCAGGAGCAAGCACUGCAGAAAGUAGGAGUGACAGGGGCACAUGACCCCCAAGUCCGCUGCCCAUCAGUCAUUGAGUUUGGAAAAUAUGAAAUCCACACCUGGUAUUCUUCUCCAUAUCCACAAGAAUAUUCCAGGUUGCCCAAGUUGUAUAUUUGUGAAUUCUGUCUCAAAUACAUGAAAAGCAGAACUAUUCUCCAGCAGCACAUGAAGAAGUGUGGUUGGUUUCAUCCCCCAGCCAAUGAAAUUUACAGAAAGAAUAAUGUUUCGGUUUUCGAGGUGGAUGGCAACGUCAGUACUAUUUACUGCCAGAACUUAUGUCUAUUGGCCAAACUCUUCCUGGACCAUAAGACUCUCUAUUACGAUGUGGAGCCAUUUCUUUUUUAUGUGCUGACGCAAAACGAUGUGAAGGGCUGUCACCUGGUUGGCUACUUCUCCAAGGAGAAGCACUGCCAGCAGAAAUACAACGUGUCCUGUAUCAUGAUUCUUCCCCAGUACCAGCGCAAGGGCUACGGCAGAUUCCUCAUUGACUUUAGUUAUCUCCUAUCAAAACGUGAAGGCCAGGCGGGAUCCCCGGAGAAGCCACUGUCUGAUUUGGGUCGUCUUUCCUACAUGGCAUACUGGAAAAGUGUCAUCUUGGAGUGCCUUUAUCACCAAAACGACAAGCAGAUCAGCAUCAAGAAGUUAAGCAAACUGACCGGCAUCUGUCCUCAAGACAUCACGUCGACACUGCAUCACCUGCGCAUGCUGGAUUUCCGUAACGAUCAAUUUGUAAUUGUUCGGCGGGAAAAACUUAUCCAAGACCACAUGGCAAAGCUGAAACUGAACAUCCGGCCUGUAGUUGUGGACCCAGAAUGUCUGCGCUGGACCCCGGUCAUCGUCUCAAACUCGGUGGUUUCAGAGGAUGAAGAUGAUGAUCCUGAAGAAGCAGAAAUCGAUGUCCCACAGCAGUCGCGGGAGAGAGACAUUGAGGUGAUAAAGUGUGUCUCCUGGGAGAGGAAAGAGCGGGAGUCCUGCUUUCCGCUGGAGAGUGAAAAAAAGUCAGAGGUCCUCCCGGUCAACGCCCUGCGAGCCGGCAAGCAAAGUCUUCCCCUGAGCGGUCUUCCUGCCAACAGCCACACACCGCGCAGGGGCCGGUGGAGCCGCAAGAACAAAAAGCUGCGGGAAUCCUGCACCGAGAAGGACCCGAAACUGGUCUUGGAGGAGAAGUCGGCAAUGGCCAGGGGCGGUCGCUGUGGGGAGUGCCAGGAAAAGGCGGCGGCGGCAGCAGCGGCGGCGGCAGCGGCGGCUUCUCGAGGGCGGUUUGGGGAGAGCGAAGAGAAGACGGCCUCCGCCCAGGGGCAGUGUGGCAAAUGUGAGGAGAAGAGCCCGACUCGGCGAGGGCACUUUGGCAAAGAGGAAGAAAAGCCGGCCUCCUCCCAGGGGCCAUUUGGCAAGGGCGAGAAGGCCUCCGCCGCCCAGAGGCGAUGCAGCGAAGGCAUGGAGAUCUGGAAAGGGCAGCUGAAAGCCCUGGAGCCCCUGAAAAGCCGGCUCUCCGAGCAGUGCGACAGGCUAGCCCGGCGACACAGCGAGGGCGACCGCACGGUGCUGAGGCAUUUCAGCGAGAGCAGCGAAGACGAAGACGAGGAGCCCGCCAGCCCCUGCUCCAGUUCCCCACCGGUUCUCACGAAGCCAGCCCUGAAGCGGAAGAAGCCGAUUCCCCGGAAGAGACGGGUCCGUAAGCGAAAAUACCACAACAGCAGCGUAGUUACCGAAACGAUCUCAGAAACAACAGAGGUCCUGGAUGAGCCAUUUGAGGACUCUGACUCCGAGAGGCCCAUGCCUCAACUGGAGCCCACCUUUGAAAUGGAAGAGGAGGAGGAGGAGGAGGAGGAGGAGGAAGAAGAAGAAGAGGAGGAAGAGGAAGAGGAGGAAGAAAGCGAAUUGUUCUCCCGAGGAUAUCUUCGCCGCCUCUCUCCACAGGAUUCCCUUAGGCAUAGGCCCUCCUUAAAGAGAGGAAAUCAAGAAGGAGAGGAAUCGGAUGACACGGCUGAUUCUCCUACUUUGAAACCCGUUUCUUUGCUGAGAAAAUGUGAGUCGCUCGAUUCUCCGCUCCAGCCUGGCACUUCUACCCCCAUGAAAAAGAAGAAAGGCUGGCCCAAGGGCAAGAGCCGCAAGCCCAUCCACUGGAAGAAAAGGCCCGGGCGCAAGCCAGCCUUUCAACUGAGGAGGGGAAAAGUUCGAGCCCCUCCUUCAGAGGAGACCACGGAUCUCAUGGAAGCCAGUUGCAAAUCAGGGCGUAAAACGAAAAUGCAGGACGAGGAAGAGCUGGUUGAGGAGAAGGAAGAACUUCUGCCUAGUGCUGAAGAAAGGAAAGAUGAAGAUGGGCCUCCGGAAGCAAGUGAUCUAGGAGACGAGGAAGACAUGCCUGCUAGAGAAGGGAGGGCGACCUCUCCCGUAGACAGCAGUAACAGUCCAGAGAUGGAAUCUAAAGAACCUGAACUGGAGGAAGAAGCGGAGAAGCCUCAAGUCCUAGAAGACCAGAGGCCGCCGUCUGAAGAAGAGCAGCAGGAAGUUGAAGAAGCCGAGCAUGACCAGGAAGAGGAAGAAGAGGAAGUUGCAGCGGUAGCUAACCAGAACGAAGAUCACGAUGCAGAUGACGAGGAAGACGAUGGCCACAUGGAGUCCAUCCAAAAGAAUGAGCUGGAAGAGCAGGCCGAGAAGGAGGCCCUGAAGGAAGAGCCCGAAGAAGUCCAGGAGCCUUUUUUAGAAACAAGCACACAGGACGGUAGAGACGAUGACGCCAAGAACAAGAGUGAAGGAGAGGCAGAUUCUGAGGAGGAUCAAGGGUCCCACGAGACAUCAGUUGGGUCAGAGCUGGUUCCUGGAUCCGAAGACGACCAAGAGGAGGAGCAGCAGCAGCAUCCUAAGGAAGGGCUGAUUGAGCUGAAGGAAGAGGAGCCGGUCCCUCACAGCGAACUCGAUCUCGAAACUGUCCAAGCCGUGCAGUCCUUGACCCAAGAGGAAGAAAACCACGAGCACGAUGUGGCUUACCAGGACUGCGAGGAGACCCUGGCGGCUUGCCAGAACCUGCAGAGCUACACCCAGGCCGAAGAGGACCCGCAGAUGCCGAUGGUGGAAGACUGCCAGGCCUCGGAACACAACAGCCCCAUCUCCUCUGUCCAGUCCCACCCCAGUCAGUCCGUGCGCUCCGUCAGCAGCCCCAGCGUGCCCGGCACGCUGGAGAGCAGCUACACCCAGAUCAGCCCCGAGCAAGGCUCUCUUUCCGCACCUUCUAUGCAGAACAUGGAGACCAGCCCCAUGAUGGAUGUGCCUUCGGUGUCGGACCACUCCCAGCAGGUGGUGGACAGCGGCUUCAGCGAUCUCGGCAGCAUCGAGAGCACCACCGAGAACUACGAGAAUCCCAGCAGCUACGACUCCACCAUGGGGGGCAGCAUCUGCGGCAACAACUCCGCGCAGAGCAGCUGCUCCUACGGAGGCCUCUCCUCCUCCAGCAGCCUCACCCAGAACAGCUGCGUCGUCACCCAGCAAAUGGCCAGCAUGGGCAGCAGUUGCAGCCUCAUGCCGCAAGGCAGCGUCCAGCCAACCGCCAACUGCAAUAUCAAGUCCCCCCAGAGUUGCGUGGUUGAGAGACCCCCGAGUAACCAGCAACCCACGGCGCAGCCUCCGCAGCCCCAGGCCCAGCAGCCCCAGCCACCGCCUCCGGCCCAGCAGCAGCAGCAGCAACAGCAGCAGCAGCCUCCACCGCCCCAGCAGCAGCCAUCGUUGUCGCAGUGUAGCAUGAACAACAGUUUCACUCCGGCGCCGAUGAUCAUGGAAAUCCCAGAAUCGGGCAGCACCGGCAACAUCAGCAUCUACGAGAGGCUCCCUGGCGAUUUCGGGGCCGGCGGUUACUCCCAGCCCUCGGCCACCUUCAGCUUAGCCAAGUUGCAGCAGUUGACCAACACGAUUAUGGACCCCCACGCCAUGCCUUACAGCCAUUCUUCUGCUGUGACUUCCUAUGCAACCAGUGUGUCUUUGUCGAACACGGGCCUCGCGCAGCUGGCCCCGUCACACCCUCUGGCCGGGGCGGCCCAAGCACAAGCCACCAUGACUCCCCCGCCCAAUUUGGCCCCCACCACCAUGAACCUUACUUCUCCCCUGCUCCAGUGUAACAUGUCCACCACCAACAUCGGCAUCCCCCACACCCAGCGGCUCCAAGGCCAGAUGCCGGUCAAGGGGCACAUUUCCAUCCGGUCGAAAUCGGCCCCCUUGCCCUCGGCGGCUGCUCACCAGCAGCAGCUCUACGGCCGCAGCCCUCCCGCCGUGGCCAUGCAGGCCAGCCCCCGGGCGUUGGCCGUUCAGCGUGGCAUGAAUAUGGGGGUGAAUCUGAUGCCCACGGCCCCUUACAACGUCAACUCCAUGAAUAUGAACACGCUGAACGCCAUGAACAGCUACCGGAUGCCCCAGCCCAUGAUGAACAGCAGUUACCAUAGCAACCCCGCCUACAUGAACCAGACGGCCCAGUAUCCUAUGCAGAUGCAGAUGGGCAUGAUGGGGAGCCAGGCCUACCCCCAGCAGCCUAUGCAGCCCAACCCCCACGGGAACAUGAUGUACACGGGCCCUUCGCAUCACAGCUACAUGAACGCUGCUGGGGUCCCCAAGCAAUCGCUCAACGGGCCCUACAUGAGGAGAUGAGCAAGACGGUGUGUCC